GCAGGGCCCCGAUGGGCAUCCUGGAAUAUCGGUGUAUUCAUCUGCAUUCGUUGUGCUGGGAUCCACAGGAACCUCGGAGUUCAUAUAUCCAGGGUAAAAUCUGUCAAUCUUGACCAGUGGACACAAGAACAGAUACAGUGCAUGCAAGAAAUGGGAAAUGGAAAAGCAAAUCGUCUUUACGAAGCCUACCUGCCAGAGAACUUCAGGCGACCUCAGACAGAUCAAGCUGUGGAGAGCUUCAUUCGGGAUAAAUAUGAAAAGAAGAAAUACAUGGACCGAAGUAUCGACAUCAAUGCCUUUAGGAAAGAAAAGGAUGACAAAUGGAAAAGGAGUACUGAGCCAGUAUCAGAAAGAAAACUGGAACCUAUCAUCUUUGAGAAGGUGAAAAUGCCUCAAAAGAAAGAAGAAACACAGCAGUCUAGAAAAAGUUCUCCUAAAUCCACCGAACCAGUAAUGGACUUGCUAGGACUUGAUGCUCCUGUGACAACCCUAGUUACAAACGGCAGGCCUAGCAGCUUAGAGAAGGAUCUCGACCUUUUCGCGUCGGUGGGAUCAAACUCUGACUCCAGGAAGGUCACGGGCUCCAUGCCAACAUCUGGAAGUGCUGGUUCUGUCCCUGAGAACUUGAACCUCUUCCCUGAGCCGGGAGGCAAAGGCAGCGAGGAAGUGGGGAAGAAGCAGCUCUCAAAAGACUCCAUCCUCUCCUUGUACGGCUCUCAGACACCUCAGCUGCCUGCGCAAGCAGUGUUCAUGGCCCCAGCUCAGGUGGCGUAUCCCGCAGCAGCGUACGCUGGCUUUCCAGGGGUGGCGCCCUCCGGCAGCAUGAUGGGAGGCAUGAUGGCACCCUCGGUGGGGAUGAUGGCCCAGCCUGGAGCUGCGGGGAUGGUGACUCCCAUGGCCAUCCCAGCUGGGUACGUGGGGAAUGUGCAGGCUGCUGUCAUCGGCGUCCCCAACGGGAUGAUGGCUGCGCAGCAGACUGGCUAUGUAGCUGGCAUGGCAGCGGUUCCUCAGCCCGUCUACGGCGUCCAGCCAGCACAGCAGCUUCAGUGGAACAUUGCUCAGAUGACCCAGCAGAUGGCUGGGAUGAACUUCUAUGGAGCUAACGGCGUGAUGGGAUAUGGACAGUCCAUGGGUGGAGGAGGUGCCCAGGGAAGCAAUCAGUCCCUCAGCACUCCGAUGUGGAAAUGA